AUGUCAGUUACUAAAAAACCUGAUUUAAGCGAUCCAGUUUUAAAAGCAAAAUUAGCUAAAGGGAUGGGUCACAAUACUUACGGUGAACCAGCUUGGCCAAACGAUCUAUUAUACAUGUUCCCUGUUGUUAUUUUAGGUACUUUUGCAUGUAUUAUUGGUUUAUCAGUAUUAGAUCCUGCGGUUAUUGGUGAACCUGCUAACCCAUUUGCAACUCCACUUGAAAUUUUACCAGAGUGA